AUGGGGAAGCGAGAAGCUAUGAGCAAGAAGCUGGAGUCGUGGCUUGGUAGGAGUUUCAAGGCCACCAAGCUCCGGUCAUACCUGGGGAUCACCAUCACCCGCCUCUCCGUCCUCCGCAACCAGCGACGGGUCAGGUGGGAGCAGGCCCGCUGCGACGUCGCCGAGUUCCUCCGACAGGGCCAGCACGAGCGAGCCCUUCUCCGGGUACUCUAUCUCUCUCUCUCUCCUCUCAUCCCCCCUCUCUCUCCCUAUCUUCCCAUCUCUCCAUCUCCCCCUCUUCCUCCCUCUCUCCUCUCUCUCUCUCUCCCUCUAUUUCUCCCCUCAUCCCCCCUCACUCUUCUUCUCUUCCCAUCUCUCUAUCUCUCCCCAUCCUCUGCCUCUCUCUCUCUCUCUCUCUCUCUCUCCUCCCCCUCAUGUCUCUCCCUCUUACUCUCUCUCUUCCCCUCUCUUUUCGCUCUCUUUCCCCUUCCCCUCUACCUCUGUACCCAAGUCACCGCCUCGGUGCUGCAGACCGAUCACAUCAUCAAGGAGCAGAACAUGCUGGACGCGUUUGACAUGGUGGAGAGCUACUGCCACAUCCUUUCCGAGAGAGCUGACCUACUCGAGAGCCACAGGUGAGCCAUCUCCUCCACCUGAUAUCAACUCCAAUCUGCAUCAAGUCAUAUAAUCCCGAUCCCUUAACAGUCUGUAUCAUCAUGUCCGAUCUACCAGAGAGUGCCCAGAAGAGCUCCGAGAGACAAUCUCCAGCCUGGUCUUCGCAGACUCUAGAUGCGGCCAGCUUCCGGAGCUCCACGAAGUCCGCUCGAUCCUUGCCUCGCGAUUGGGGAAGGAGUUCGUCUCGUCGGCCGUGGAGCUCCGUAACAGCUGCGGAGUCAACCCUACCGUGAGAUAACCUUCACCUUCUCCCUCUUCUCCUAGGUUAAAAAACGAUGAAUUAAGUCUCUGAAAAUCUGAUCGAACCAUUGCUAAUUAGUCUUGAUCAACUCAGAUUAUACAGAAGCUGUCGACCAAGCAACCGACUGUCGAGAUGAAGUGGAAGGUGGUCAAGGACAUGGCGGCCGAGCUGGGGAUCGACCUCCCCCUCCAGGAACCCUCACCAGAGAUCCCCACGGUGAGAUAA